UGUAGUCAGGCAGACAUAACAAACUCGUCCAAUCACAAAAAAAUCUGAAAAGGGGAAUUUUGCUGUAUCUUGGCUCAGAUGGUGUUUCACAGCAUUGGUUAGUUGGUCCUGAUGUCCGAGGACCAGUGUCACCAACGGGCCGAGGCCUCCCGGAGGGGCCAGGGCGGUCUGGAGACAGGGGAGGGUGACACUGAGCCCAGCAUGCUGCUGCAGAAACUGAAGAGCAACAUCUCGAAACACGUUCAGACCAAAGUAGAGCAGAUCCUGCAAGAUGUUCAGCGUUUCUCUGACAAUGACAAGUUGUACCUGUACCUGCAGCUGCCCUCUGGACCGAGUUCUGGAGACAAAAGCGGCAGCGAUUCGAGUUCAUUUAACACGGCCGACCAGCUUCACACCUGUAACUGGAUCCGCAGUCACCUGGAGGAGCAUUCAGACACCUGCCUGCCCAAACAGGACGUCUACGAGACCUACAAGAGGUACUGUGAGAACCUGCAGCAGCGUCCUCUGAGCGCCGCCAACUUUGGGAAGAUCAUCAGAGACAUUUUUCCCAACAUCAAAGCGAGACGGCUCGGAGGCCGAGGACAGUCCAAGUACUGUUACAGCGGCAUCAGGAGGAAGACGGUCCUCAACAUGCCUCUGCUGCCCAACCUCGACCUGAAGAAUGACCCCAUGUAAGUGUUGCUGCAGAGCUGCUUCAGUCACCGACUGCUGCAUCCUCGAUGCAUGAAGGAGCGUUUCCUUCCUCCCUGCAGCUGUCAGACUGUACAAUCAGAACUGCUCCCAACAAGCAUAGAUGUUUACAUCAGCGCUGUAACUGCACUAAUCAACCGAACAACUGCUACUGUUAUAGGUGCAUAUUACUUUUCUCAGCUUAUAUACGCUAACUUUUUGGAAGUUACACGUUUACUUUUUAAUGCACAGGUACAAUCACACAAUCUGCACUUUUCUAAUUAUUCUAAAUAUUCUUAAAUCUUUAAACAUCUUUCAGUAUCCUGCUCUGUUUGCCACUUAUCUGUACUUUAGUUUUAAUAACUGUACAGGACUCUGCUUUGGUAACUAUUGUCCAUGAUGUAAAUAUGUUAAAGUUGUGUUUCUCACCUGUGUCCUGUUCUUUUUGUAUAUGUGUGUUUUUGCUACUGUUACAACCAAAUUUCCCCUUGUGGGACAAUUAAAGGAUUAUUCUAUGCAAACUGCCAUGAUCAUUGAUCAAUGAUCAUUGAAUGGUUAUGAGUACCAUCACAGUGGGCUGUAUUUUUGCAGGCACUAAAUGACCAGAUGAAAGACCAGUGAACCUGCUUCUUUUGAGGAAUUAACCUCCCUUACUUUCACGAUUGACAACUGCCUGAGGCAAAGGGAAGCUGAAAAGAACUACAAGGCCCAUAAGGCACCUAGUUCACCUCUGUUGUCCGUCCCCACACCGCCCACUCUUCUCUUCAGCCACCAGUGGAGCCCAUGCAGAGUCGGUGCUUGCGGUUGACCCUGAAGGAGAGGAAAAGGCGUUUGAGCCCAUUGUUUUACUGCACCGCUCAGGGCAUUUUCUCGCUUGUCCUACUGGUCAUUCUUUUUCCACAACAUGGCAAAACUUGUUUCAGAUCACUUGAACAGUACAGAUAAAUACCUUCUGAAAGUUAUGUCAGCAGCCAACAAAAAAGCCAUCACAAAGUGCUGGCUUCAGAAAUGCCCCUUAACAGGCAUUUUAUUUAUUUUUGUUAUGAAACAGUUACAUGCAUUAGAGCAAAUGACAUGUGCUAUAAGGCUCCAAAGGACCCAGGAAGAAAAUGUGGGAGAAAUGGUGUUAUCGUUUGGCUCUUGAAGCAGACUAGUUUUAAAAAAAAGGUCAGAUAUCUCACCUCCUUCAGCUUACCAACCUGGCAAACCUCCCUCUCUGGAACCUUGGCUCGUCACCGUCUCCUAUACUCAUAGGCGGCGGUAAAACGCCAUCCUGUGACAUCAAACCGGCUAAUCGCCUAAAAGAAGGGCCGUUGUCGUCACUUCCGGCAGUA